CUAGCAACAGCCAUAUAAUUAAUACCAGAAUAUCUUUGAAACCCCAAAAUAUGAUGAAGCCGUUGCAUCCAGUCGGCGAUGAAGAUUUGUUCUUUAUGAUUCCCUUUCAGAACCCUUCUCCUCUCUCAAUACAAACGAUCCCAGAAGACGACAUCUUUCAUGAUCCUGCAGAAGUGAAGGCUUACGAAAGCUUUCCACCUAAUUUUGGAAGUGAAGUUAUACCAAAGGGGAGGGGCAAGCAGCAGCAAAAUAAGGAAUUUCCAGUUAAAACAGCUGAAGAUGCUAACAAGAAGUGGAUGCAUAGAGAGACAGAAAGACAAAGACGACAAGAAAUGGCCACGCUUUGCGCCUCCAUCAGAUUGGCUUUGCCUCUCGAAUAUAUCAGGGGAAAGCGAUCAGCAUCUGAUCAAAUUGAUGGGGCUGUGAAAUAUAUCAAACACCUAGAGAACAAGGUCAAGCAAUUGAUGGCAAAGAGAGAUGAGUUGAUGAAAAAUGGAAAUGGAAUCUCUGUUAUUAUUCAUCCUUACCAGGGUGGAGCUGAGAUUAACUGCAGUUAUAGAUUCAGAGAGUACUUAUUUACUCAGUCAACACUCUUGAGUAUUUUGAUUAAAGAAGGGCUUAAUGUGGUGAGCUGCACUUCUAUCAAAAGGGAUGAGACGUUCAUUCACACAAUCCGAUUAGAGGUUUCUGAUAUUGGUGAGAGUACUACUGACCAUUCUGAACUGCAAAGGAGGCUUACUGCAGCAAUAUUAUCUACAGAACACAGAGACACAGCAUCUGAACCAGAAAACUGCUGAUAUACAUGUUUUGUUGCGAAGAAGGUCACUGAUAUUGGACUUUACUAAUUUGAGGCGGUAAUUGUAUAUCCACGUGUAAUAAAAAACAUGGCUGAAGUAUAGAGUGCGUUUGAAUAAGGGGGGUAAGUUCCUUGGCAAGAAUAGGCAUUACAUGUCUUCAUUCACUGAUAUCUUUUCCAUGCAAGUUAAAAGCCAUGUUAUUCUUAUGUGAAUUGGUCAUGUAUAUAGCUAGCUACAUUCUGAACAUUUUGCAUAGUUUUGUGCGUUAAUUGAACUCUCACAGGGA